CCACUACAGCUCUGCUAAACCUAUUGAGUUUAAGAAGAAACAGAGAGCACCUUUCCAAAAAAAAAAAAAAAAAAAAACCAGCCUGUCGCGGCUGCAGCCGCGCAGUCCUACUUCCCCCCAGGACCGAGACCAUGGCGAGCUUGCCUAGGAAGCUGGAGCUGUUCUAUGACGUGCUGUCCCCAUAUUCCUGGCUGGGCUUUGAGGUCCUGUGUCGGUAUCAGCACAUCUGGAACAUCGACCUUCAUCUGUGCCCAAGCCUCAUUGGAGGAAUCAUGAAGAACAGUGGGAACAAACCACCUGCCUUGCUACCCCAAAAGGGCAAAUACAUGUUCGUGGACCUCCAGCACCUAAGGAAGUUUUACCAGGUUCCCAUCCAGGUUCCCAAGGACUUCUUCUCCGUCAUAUUAGAAAAAGGGAGCCUGACUGCCAUGCGAUUCCUCACUGCUGUCAAGCAGGAGAAUCCUGAGAUGUUAGAGAGAGUGUCUCGAGAGUUGUGGAUGCGUGUCUGGUCACGAGAUGAAGAUAUCACUGAACCCCAGAGCAUCCUGGCUGCUGCAGAGAAAGCAGGACUUUCUAAAGAACAGGCUAAGAGUCUACUGGAAAAGUGUUCAACUGACAAAGUGAAGAGCAGUCUAAGAGAGACGACAGAAGCAGCCUGCAAUUAUGGGGCCUUUGGGCUUCCCAUCACAGUGGUCCAUGUGGAUAACAAAUCCCACAUGCUCUUUGGCUCUGACAGGAUGGAGCUGCUGGCCCAUCUGCUAGGAGAACAGUGGCAGGGCCCAGUGCCCAGCCCUGUGAAAGGCAAACUCUGAGCACUUGCAGAAGAAGAGGAGCUGCUCAGCCUUAGGAGCCGGCUCCUUCCUCCCCACAGCAUCCCCAUCAUGGAAUCCAGGAUGCUAGGGCUCUGCAUUCCCAUAUUCUCAUGUUUGGGGCAUAUGUGGCAUGAUCCUGAGCUUGCAGUCCUGGGGUUGUCCUAUUCCUGCUGCUCACAAGUGCCUUAGGUAGGUCCCCAACCAUCAUUGUUUCAACCAAAUAAACUCCCCAUUGGGGUAGACAUUUGUGUGUCUGUCACCA